AUGUCCAAGAUCGCUUUUAUUCACCCUGAUUUGGGAAUUGGUGGAGCUGAACGUUUGGUUGUUGAUGCUGCUGUCGGGCUUCAAGAUCUCGGACAUACAAUUAAGGUAUAUACGUCCCAUUGUGAUUUAUCGCACUGUUUCGAAGAAGUUAAUGAUGGCACACUCGAUGUAUCAGUUUAUGGCGACUUCCUCCCCUCCUCGAUCUUGAGUAAGUUUCACAUUCUUUUUGCGAUCCUAAGGCAAUUAUAUUUGGUGCUUUGGCUCAUCAUCUCAGGCGAAAUAGGUCAAUAUGACUACUUCAUCGUGGAUCAAUUAUCAAUGGGUGUGCCCCUCCUCAGCAUUUUUAGCAAAUCAUCGGCCAGAGUGCUAUUCUACUGUCACUUUCCUGACCAGCUUCUUUCCAAAAAGGGUGGGUUUCUCAAAAGAUUGUAUAGGAUGCCUUUCGAUUAUCUUGAAGAGUGGUCCACGGGUGUCAGUGAUACGAUUGUUGUUAACUCUACAUUCACGAAGUCAAUUUUUCAUGAAACGUUUACGAAUCUUUCUUCAACUGACCCGGGAGUUAUAUAUCCAUGUGUUAAUGUUCAGGAUAUAUCAACGAGCAAUACGAAUGGCGAAGCAGAACUCUUAAGUUUCAUGAAUGGGAAUAAGUACUUCCUUUCAAUCAAUAGAUUUGAAAGACUCAAAAACAUUGGCCUAGCAAUAAAAUCGUUUGCCAAAUUGCUCAAAGUUGUGCCACCCAGCCAAGCACCAAAGUUAAUUCUUGCUGGCGGAUUCGACUCGCGCGUAAAGGAGAAUGUGGAGUAUCUUAGUGAGUUGCAGACCAUGUGUGAUUCUCUCGAGUUGACGCACUAUACAUUUAGAGGAAAAUUGGUUCUUAUGCCACGUUCCACACAGGUGAUUUUCCUACCUUCCGUGAAUUCUGCUAUAAAGAACGCUGCUUUGAAGCAUGCAGAGUUGUUACUCUACACGCCCACAUUCGAACAUUUCGGUAUCGUUCCAGUAGAGAGUAUGUUGAAUAAGACUCCUGUACUUGCCAUCAACAAAGGCGGACCAUUAGAGUCUAUUGUGAACUUCAAUGAUAAAAAUUUGAAUGUCGCAACAGGAUUCAAUAGACCGAACGAUAUUGAUGAAUGGGCAUCAGUCCUUGUCGACUAUUACACCGAAUUCGAACAGCAGACAAAAACACGCUUGGGGGAGAACGGAGCAAAAAGAGCUAUUUCCAUGUUCAGCAGAGAGGAAAUGAGUCGUGCAUUUGAAACUCGGUUGAACGCUUCCAAAGACACUGUUUCUAGAAAGGGACAUUUGUAUAAUGCGCUUACCUUAUGGAAGUUUUGGCUUCUUGCAAUGUUUUUCGCUUCCUGCGCAAUAUUCUUCCAAUCAGGUUUUUAA